CAACUUCCUCUCCCCACUCUCUCCAUAAACGCACUGUAACCAAAAUUAAGACUGCAAAUGGAGAACAACAACAGUUGCGCUCUGCUUUCAAUUCUCAUACUGUUCUUCUUCCUCUGCUUCGACCCGGCUAAUGCAGGUGGCGGCGCAUUAACCCAAAUUAACGUGGUCAAGUUGGGAGCCAGACCCGACGGCCGCACCGACUGCGCCCAAACGUUCGUCCGUGCGUGGGCCACCGCAUGCGCCUCAGCCUUCCCCGCCCAGAUAUACGUGCCGCCCGGCCGCUACUUGGUCGCAACGCCCCUCCUCUUCACCGGCCACUCCUGCAGAAACCGCGCCACCACUUUCCGCAUCGACGGCACCCUCGUCGGUCCCGCCAACUACCGCGCCCUCGGCAGUGUCGGAAGCUGGAUUACCUUCGAAGCCGUCGCCGGCGUCUCCCUCCUCGGCGGAACUCUUGAAGCCCAGGGCUCCGCAGUCUGGGCCUGUAAAAAGUCCGGCAAGGCUUCUUCUUGUCCCGGUGCCACGUCGCUGGAAUUUUCGAAUUCGGAGGAGAUACUGAUCAGCGGACUGGCCUCGGUGAACAGCCAAAUGUUCCACAUAGUAAUACACCAGUGCCGGAACGUGAAGGUGCAGCGCGUGAGGGUGACGGCGCCGGGGGACAGUCCCAACACCGACGGCAUCCACGUUGAGCUCUCCACCGGUGUCACAAUCUCCGGUGCCACCAUCUCAACGGGCGACGACUGUGUUUCGGUGGGCCCCGGUACUUCCAACCUCUGGAUCGAAAACGUCGCCUGCGGGCCUGGCCAUGGCAUUAGCAUUGGCAGCCUGGGGAAAGAGCUGAAAGAGCCAGGGGUGCAGAACGUGACAGUUAAAACGGUUACGUUUACGGGUACGGAGAACGGCGUGAGAAUAAAGUCGUGGGGCCGGCCCAGCACCGGCUUCGUCAGGAACGUGAUUUUUCAGCAAGCCACCAUGUCAAAUGUCCAAAACCCCAUCGUAAUCGACCAAAAUUACUGCCCCAGCCACCAGAAUUGCCCCAGCCAGGUUUCCGGGAUAAAAAUAAGCAAUGUGAUUUAUGAAAAUAUUCACGGGACAUCGGCGACAGAAGUUGCAGUUAAAUUUGAUUGCAGUCCAAAGAGUCCGUGCAGCGGAAUACGAAUGGAGAAUGUCAAACUCACUUACCAGAAUCGUCCGGCUGUAGCUUCCUGUGUCAACGCUGGCGGCAUUGCUUUGGGUCUUGUUGAGCCCAAGACCUGUCUCUAA